UGGCUGAAGCUCCUGGAAUUUUUCUCUUAUUGAGAUAGAACUUGGCUGAAAUCACAUUGUACAUAUAUUGUACACAAAUGCUUAGCCCAAGCCCGAGAAUUACUAGAAUCCUCCAGUUAGACAAAUUCAAACUACAGUGGGAGUUCUGUCUAGGAAGAUGCAGCCUUUGAACAAGUUGAUGGCUAUCUCAAAACCUCAAAAACUGAUUCGACGUGAACAAAGUGAAGCCCUGAAAGCAGAAGUGUCCUGGCAGCAGGAAUCCAUCCCAGUCAUGGAAACAUACGACUCUGAGGCCUCUCGUCAAAAGUUCAGACAUUUCCAGUAUUUGGCAGUGUCUGGGCCUCAUGAAGCCCUUUGUCAACUCUGGGAGCUCUGUCUUCAGUGGCUGAGACCAGACGUUCAUACAAAGCAGCAGAUCCUAGAGCUGUUGGUGCUAGAACAGUUUCUGACAAUUCUCCCUGAAGACAUCAGGACUUGGGUGAAUUUACAGCAUCCAAAGAACAGCAAAGAAGUGGUGUCCCUCAUAGAGGAUGUGAUUGAAAUGCUUAAAGAUGAAGAGCUACCCUGCAAGGAUUCUGUCCUCCAGAAGGGGAGCAUCAAGGAGAAAAUGGAAUCUGACUCACUAACUGGUGAUUCCCAGGAACCAGUAACAUUCAAAGAUGUGAUUGUGGAAUUCAACGAGGAAGAGUGGGGACAACUGGACCCUGCUAUAAAGACUCUGCACAGGGAUGUGAUGCUGGAGAACUAUAGGAACCUGAAUUCGUUGUAUCAAGAACAUCUAUUUUCCAAGCCAGUUGAGAUCUCCAAGUUGGAGAGUAAGGAAAGAAGAUGGACAGUGGAGCACAAAAUCCCAAGCACAUCUGUUUUGGACAAAGAGAUAAUUUCAGAAAACCAAGAUUCAAUUCCAAAGCAAAGAAUUAAUGGAAAAAAAUCCUCUCCUGGAAUGAUUAUGACAAGACUGACCAAAAGUAGAUCCCCUUCUUUAGAUGCUUGGAUGAGUGAUGAUUGGUUAUAUAGGAACCAGGAACACUGGGACAUAAAUUUGCCAGAAGAAGCUUUUGUUCAUAAGACAGUCUACACUGAGGUGGGAAACUUUAAAGUUAGUGAGAAUAAGAAAAGCUUAGAUGUUAAGUCAGUUAAUUCAAUUUUGAGUAUACAACAAGGAAAUCCUAUGAGAAAGGGGUCCUCAGAAUGUGGUAAGUUUAAAACUAACUUCAAAUUUAACUUAGACUCAGGUAAGCAAUAUUCAGAAUAUAAUGAAUGUGGGAAUGCCUUGAGCCUGAGUAUAGAUAUUCAGCACCCAGAAAGUCAUACCUCAGUGAAUUCCUAUGAAUGCUAUCAAUGUGGGAGAGCCUUCAGCCGGAGUUCAUCCCUCAUUCGACAUCAGAUCAUUCACACAGGAGAGAAACCCUAUAAAUGCAGUGAAUGUGGGAGAUUCUUCAAUAGACGUACAAACCUUACUAAGCAUCAAAAAAUUCAUACUGACUCAAAGGUCUGUGAAGGCAGUAAAUGUAGAAAAGCUUUCAGUGAGAGUGAAGACAGUAAUAAAAAUUCAAGACUUCAUUCUGGAGAUAAUCCCUACGAAUGUGUUAACUGUGGAAAAUCCUUCAGCCGGAGCUCCUCCCUUAUUCGACAUCAAAUGAUUCAUACAGGAGAGAAACCAUUCAAAUGUAAGGAAUGUGAGAAAACCUUCAACAGGAGUUCAAACCUUAAAAAACACCAAAAACUUCAUACUCAAGAGAAGUCCUGUAAAAGGAAGACACACAGACAUCAAUGAAUUUAACAUCAAUGAAUUUAUACUAGAGGGAAUCCUGUGAAUAGAGUAAAUGCAAGAAAACAUUUGUCAGGGAUUCUUCUCUAAUUCAUAUGACAGAAUUAAUAUUGGAGAGAAAUCUGUUAUUGUGUAGGAAUCUAUUCCCAAAUGAAGCCACAAGGGUUUAGAGUAAAAUGUAUCACCAUACAAGUGUUUGCCUGUCAUUAUUCUGAUAAUCCAUUUGCCUUCAUCAUUCCUAGUUCAUAAAUGGAACCUGUGGCAUCCUUAUAUUCACAUGAUUUAUUGAAGUAGAUAUUAGGGAGGAGCCAAGCAAUCAAUAUCCUUGGAAUUGAUAUUUAAUAAAACUCAAACUUUCAGUCCUUACGAGGUGGUCAUGAGAAACCAGGAGCUCACAGGAAUAUAGGAAUACUUCUAAAGACUGAACUCUCUGAAUUAAUGUUAGAGACCACAGGAAUGACAAAUUACUCCAUGAUAAUAUCUUAGCUCUCUUGAUGCUGAGUGGGGACUAGAAUUUGAGGAGGAUUAUCAACUGCAGUGGCAAGUGGAUUCUGUAUAUAGUUGUCACAUCUUCAUUUUUAAAAGUACUCUUUGGAAUGUAAGCUGGAGGGACAUCCAUAUUCUUGGGUCUAUCAUUUAUUCCAAAUAUUAAGAGGUCAAUAAAGUGUCUUAGUACUCUGUUCACUAG